UAUAUGUUAAGAGUUUUCACCACCCCAUAGUAAUAAUGGGGGAGACUAUGAAAAACAUACUAACUGAGCUGAGGACCAAACGAUUUGUGGCUGUUUUCCCAUUGCUGACUGAUGAAGAUGUUGUUUUAAUUUGGGAUGGCGUGUGCAAUUUUAUCAGAACACACUUGCACCAACAGAAGGGAGUGCAUGUCCCAGGCCUGGGAACAUUCUCCUUCACACAAAAGCGGCUGGACGUUGGGCACAAUAAACAUAUUCUUCUACAAAGGCCAGUCUUUGUACUAGCAGAAAGAUUGACACUUAAUCAUGGACUGCAUUGUGUUAAACAACAUGUAUCAGGCCGAGUGCCUGUGGUUAAACUUAACUUUGCCACAAUUAGCUCGUCACUGGAUUUCAAUCGGGACAUCAUUGAACAGUGUGUCAGAGAAAUAUUUUCUGCACUUUCUAGGUGUAUUGCAGCAGCACAAAGCAUAGAAUUUACCUUCACUGGAAUUGGAAAGCUGUACAUUUUCGAUCUGAAGGUUAAGAUGAAGUUUUUCAAAGACUUUAUCAUGAGCAUAGAUGUUGUGAAUCAUGUAAGAGUUGUUGAAUGUGCAGAAGCCUCUCGGGAUUGUCUACCUGAGUCUGAAGAUUCUGUUGUUGACAGAGAUGUAAUGGAUAAGGAAUGCAAGGUUCAGAGAGUUGACGAUAAACGGUGUAGUACUAGCGAACUGCACAGACCUAGAAUCAUUUUAAAAUCAGAUGUAGACCACAUGGAAAAUACUGAUAGAGACUGUUCAAUAGCGCAAUCACCUUUACCAGGACUUUCAAAGGAAACCUCUCAUAAACUAUCUCCUCCACCUCCAAAAUUGGUGAGAAUACUUUCACCUGAAUCUUCACCAGAGGUGCUUCGCAAUAUUGUAACAGCUGGAAGUGACGUGAAGUCCGCUGGACUGCACACAGGUCGCUCAGGUGCUGAUGGAGCGCGAGAUUUGUCGCCAGAGAACAGGAAUGCCAGCGCUGCGGAGAGCUCGAGAGUUGACUCCGCUGAGCCGCGUUGCCGUCACACGUCGGGACAGGAGAUGUGUUACAUCUGCUGGCAGCGGGAGCGGCGAAACCAGCCCGUCUCGUUCCGCGAGUCGCUGCGUCGGCGGGAGCUCGAGCACGAUCGACUGCUGCAGGAGGUACAGCUGCGCAGGGACUACGACGCCAUCUCAUCCGAGGAGGUGAUGAAACAGCGAAGAAGGUCAUAUGGUCAGGAAGUGGCUUCGUUUAACCUUGUGAUUGCCGAGUCAAAGCACUCUAGGAAACGGGAUGCUCACAGUAAAAAUCAAGGUUACGUGUUUCCAAGGCGUGCAGUAACUCCACCUAAGCAUCUCAGGCAGAGAGAGUAUCUCUCAGAGCUCACUAAACAGUUUGAAGAGAUUGAAAACGCUAGGAUAAGAGACAGAGAACGGCGACUGCAGGAAAAAUUGGAACAAAUACAACUGGCCGAGGAGUUAGCACGGCAGAGAGACGAGUACAAAAGGCAUAAAACUCGGAAUGAGGAGCUUUAUAGGGAGGCACUGAACACACAGAUGCAUCUUCUAGAGACAUCCUACUCAGAUGGAACAGCAUCCAAGUGUAAGCUCCUUCUCACUCCUACCCAUCCUGCAUCUCUCCCAUUAUCAAGCCUCGCCAUACACCGUAGUCUACAAAAUAAAAAGGUGCUGACGGGCAGGCUGGACCUCGCGCCGGCGACGGGGGCAGACUCCGACGUUGUCGUGUUUGGCCGGAGCGACGCGAGCGUAGAGCGGCUGGCUGAGCAGCGGCAGCGCAACCGUGAUCUGCUGCAGGAGCAGCUGGAGGCAGUCGAUUCGCGCACACGCAGCAGCCUGCAGCAGCAGUCCGACAAGCAGAGGCAGGAGGCCGCCGUGCUCGGACAGGCCCGCCAGCAAUUGGUGGACGAGCAGGCGAGCCGCUAUCAGCGCACUACCGACAUACGACGCAGCUUAGAGCAGGACUGGUCGCAUGCAGUAGAAGCCAAGCAGCACAAUGAACACAUAGAAAAUCUCUGCGCACAGACUCCAGGAAAGUCUGUCCUAGAUCAGGUUGAGCAGUACAGACGCUGCAGGCAAUGCCAGCGCAGGUCUUCCAACUGUGGACAUUCAAACAUAUGGAGCGAAACGCGCUACACCUCUGGCUCCAGACUCAUGGUUUGAUCUUCAAUUGUGCUUAAGGUGGUUGAUGAUUUUCUGGGGUAUUUGUUUUUGAUUCAGUUCACUAGACAACAACAGUCCUUUCAAAUGUUUGAUUUGUGGGCUCGGUUGAACAUUGUGGUCGUAUUUUUGAGAGAAUUAAUGCGUUUUUGCAUAAAUGAAGUGAGAGUAAUGAUAUCAUGUGAGAUUUCAUUAAGCCGUGUUUGUUCACUGUGAUGAAUUAUUAACAAACUGAAUGGAAAUUAAGAGUGUGUGGAGAGCAAUAGGAAGACAGUGAUAGUGUUUGAAAUUAACAAAAAGAAAACGAAAAUAAUUUCCGUUCCGGUCUUUUUAAAUUGAAGUCUGUUUAGUCAUAAAAUUUUAAAAUUAAAUGUCAUAAAAAGCUGUGAUAUUUUGGUUUUAAACACAAACCACGUCGUUGUUGUCUGUGUCUUCAUUUGGGUACUGUACGUGUUAUGCACUUUAUGCAGUUGAGCUGCUGGUCUCUUUUCCUCAUUUUCAUGCAUUAGAAAAUGUGACCAUUUUGUUUGACUUUUAAUUUAGCUUCCCGACCUGAAUCUUUUAUGUAAGUGAGACUAUUAUACUAUUUUCAAUCCUACUAAUGUUAUUUAUUGUAACCUUAUAAUUGAAUAGUAAAUUUGAAAUAAUACUAUAAUAAUUGCAGCGUCACAUUAACUCCACAAAACUGAAAGUCAUAUCAGUAUUAGCUGUUUAGUAUUGGUAUGCUACAUAUGGGUCUUUAACUUUUUUGUUUAGGGAAACUAGUGUUGUUUCCGACUACCACACUUGUAGAGAAAGAAUAAAUCGAGUCUUCUAGUAGGAAAUUUUGUUAAAUUGCAUUUAGGUAGUCUCUCGAUCUGCUCAUUUAUGAGUGCUUUCUAAUUUUUAGUUCGGUUUAUAGGUUUCAGGGGCCACAACUGCCAACUGAAAUUGGAAAUGCUUGCAUAAUAACGGAGACCCAAAUGAUUAUAGAAAUAGACUAGGUUGUUACCACACUUUGCAUGUGUACAUGUGUCUUCAUGGUUUGAUUAUAUCAGAUGAAGCUAUUCGUGUGAUACCAUUAUUACAGGCUAGUUUAUUACCAAUGUGAAUGUUUUCAAAGAAACGUGCCAUUCUCAUUUUAUCAAUUAAGUAGGGAUAACGUAUUCAUUUGACAUCACCCUUUCCGAUAGGGGUGCAAGAAACAUACUUAUUAAUAUAUUUCCGCAAUUGUAUUUUAUUGACAAUGUAUCAUGAGAAAUGGUUGUUUUAUCAUAAUAAAGAAAUCUCAAGCCAA